AUGGAUUCCGCAGAGUUUCCUCCAUUCCAGGAGAAGUUAUCCUCCAGCUUGGUCCAAGUCACCCGGACAGCUGGCCAACUCUCUUCGGAGGAUCUCAACUUCCACCGCACUUCUAGCGCGGACUUCACAGAGUCGCUUGAUGAACAGAGUGAUCGCAUUCUCGCUCUGACCUCGGCCGUGCUUAAAGCUGCUACUGCUGGAUCAGAUAUUGCGAACCCGAAACUUCCAAAUGAGGAGGCACUGGAGGAUAACUGGCGCGGUGUCGUGGAUGUGAUUGACUCGUUAUUGGAGAAGGCCGAUGCGUGCUUGGACGAAUUCACUGGCGUGAUAAAGAAGCUGAGCCCGUCGCGCGAGGAGCAGCCUCCUAUCAAAAGGGAGAGCAAGUUCCCGACUAUCUACGACUAUGGUCCAUCGAAGAUCCCGAAGCCACAACUGCAAUUCGACCGCAAACCUGACAAUUCGGACACGGCUCCCUUUCACCCUCUUCUGCGGACCAAGCCGAAUGCUACUGUUCCAUUGAAGCAGGCUCUGAAGAAGAAGCAGAUUGACGGCAAACUCAGUCACCCUAGCCCUUACGAGACCGAAAUUCGAGCCGCAACAUACCCCAAGGCUACCUACGAAACCUCACCUCCGAUCGAUUACUUGCCAUUCGAGAGUACGACCGCCACUUUUGUGGAUACAUUGGAUGGUGUCAAGGAAAUGUUAUCGGAGCUUAAGGCUGCCAAGGAGAUUGCCAUCGAUUUGGAGCACCAUGACGUCCAUUCCUACCAUGGUCUGGUGUCUCUCAUGCAAAUUAGCACCCGCAACAAGGAUUGGGUAGUCGACACACUCAAGCCCUGGAGAGAGGAGCUUCAAAUACUUAACGAAGUUUUCACGGAUCCAAAAAUCUUGAAGGUCCUUCACGGUGCCACCAUGGAUAUUAUCUGGCUGCAACGCGAUCUGGGCUUGUAUGUGGUUGGCAUGUUCGACACAUUUCACGCCGCUUCUGCCCUCGGUUACCAAAAGAGAAGCCUGAAGUUCCUUCUGGACAAGUUUGUCAACUUCGAAGCUGACAAGCGAUACCAGAUGGCCGACUGGCGGGUUCGUCCACUGCCAUCUGCCAUGUUCGACUAUGCGCGAUCUGAUACCCACUAUCUUCUCUACGUUUACGACAAUCUGCGGAAUGAGCUGAUUGCAGCCUCCGAACCAAACAACAGCCUCAUCGAUUACGUCCUAAAGCGCUCCAAAAACGAAGCGCUCCAACGAUAUGAGCGUCCUGUUUAUGAUGCAGAGAAGGGUCAGGGCCCAGGAGGCUGGUAUGACCUGCUCUCGCGAAAUGCGGGCAUGCUUUCGAAGGAGCAAUUCGCCGUUUUUAAGGCGGUCCACAAGUGGCGUGAUGAAGUCGCGCGAGAGGUGGAUGAGGGUUGGCAGUGCGUGUUCCCGAAGCACAUACUGUUCAAACUUUCCUUGACUAUGCCCCUUGAUAUGGGUUAUUUGCUCCGAACUUUAUCACCCGUGACUCCUCUCACCAAAGAUCGUGCCGAUAGUCUUUUGGACACUAUCAAGGAAGCUAAGGCUACUGGCGCUGAGGGUCCGGAAUGGCGCGAUAUGGCACCUCCACCCAAGUACGCACCGGCUAUGUCUAUGGACGUGGAAGAUGUUGAUUUCCCCACCGCUGAGCGUUAUGAGACUUCUCAGUUUUGGGGCACCAUCCUCGAAGCUCAAGAAAAACCUGCCCCUCUUUCAUACUCCAUGACUGCGUCAGCUGAAGCUCUUCGGCUAUCCCUUCCACUGCCACCCAUGCCCUCCACUGUCUCCGAGGUGCGUGAGAAUCUUGCCACCGCCACCCCUCAGCAACCGCCUGCGGCUCCCAAACCGGCUCCUGCUGCAACACCAUCCGCCAAAGAAGAAGAUAAAAAGGUCUUCACCGUGAAGGAACUCGGCGGCCCCCGCAAGCGCAAGGUCACGCCAGUUGAAACAUCCGACCAGGGUGCGUUGACUGCUGAUGGCCUUGAUGAUACAAGCAACGACAGCAGCUCCGUUGAGAAAGAGCGCAAGAAGUUGCGCAAGGAAAAGAAGGCCAAGAAGGCCGCCAAGGCUGAGAAGGCCGACGCUACCCCCUUCGAUUACGGUGCGGCAGACUCGGUUCUUCAUGCCCCUUCGGCUUCUGCUCCGGGUGUCAGGGCCCCAAAGAAACAAUUCAAUCCUUACGCCAAGGCGCUGGAGGCACCCUCUGGUGUGCGCAACAAGAAGAAGGAAAUUGCUGGCAAGUCUGUUACUUUCCGAAAGUAG